AUGGCCAACGGUCACAUUGUAGAAAGGGUUGGAAAGACUACUUUGAUCCAGAAAGUUGCUCAAGCUUUAAAAUCCUCGGGCAUUCCCAUUGAUGGAUUUUACACAGAGGAAGUUAGAGAAGGUGGCAGGAGAACAGGAUUUGAUGUUGUCACUUUGUCUGGAAAACGAGGACCUUUAUCUAGAGUCAGUUCUGAUUCUUCUACAUCAAGACGUGAAUAUCGGGUUGGACAGUAUGUUGUAGACCUUGUUUCAUUUGAGCAGUUGGUUCUACCUAUGCUGAGAAAUGUAAGCCAUGGCAGUGAUGCAGAGAAAAAAAUUUGUGUCAUAGAUGAGAUUGGUAAAAUGGAACUCUUCAGCCAGCCUUUUAUUCAAGCUGUCCGUCAAACACUGACUGGCUCAGGGACCGUGGUGCUUGGAACUAUUCCAAUACCUAAGGGAAAGCCACUGGAUCUUGUUGAAGAAAUAAGAAGUAGGAAAGAUGUUAAAGUGUUCAAUGUUAGUAAGGAAAACAGAAACAGCAUUCUGCAAGACAUCUUGGCAGCUGUGGAAUCCUGCAGAAAAUGAAGACUUUUUCUUGCCUGUAAACACACAAGCUUUUAUUUUAACAAAACAUUACGACAUUUUGCGGAUGUUUUAGAGUCUGUCCUUCCUGCUUUAGCCCCUGGAGGCUUUUCUGGAGCCUUCAGGGUAAGCAAGGUAAAGCUGGUAAUGCUCUAAAAUGUGAAAAUGAAAUAGCAGGAUGCUUGUUUAUUCAGUUCACAAGCCAAGCCAUUCAAAAAAUUGAACAGAUGCGUAGUUAACAUCCAGUUCUAAUCUGGGUAUUUGGAAGUUAGGUGGUCUGACUCUGAUCCUAGUUACACCAUGUAAAAGCAAUUAACUGCCAAAUCUGUUUGAGAUCGUAUUCUUUCAUAGUGUGGUGUGGACUGUUCUGCCUAGAGAGCAAUUCUGUAUCUGGAACUUAGCUCUGGUGUAACAGAACAGAACCCUGCCCAAAACGUAUGUGUGCUCCGCCUGGCUUACAUAGAAAGAUCUCUGCUGUCUGUCAGUGACCCAGCUUAGGUGUGUCCAGGUGUGUUUCAGCAUGGGGGCUGACGAUUCAGGAGGCGGCAGGAAUAAGCAGAUGCUCUCCCCCUACCCCCAGACACCCCUCUGUCCAGUUGCAGUAUAAGAAGGGUUAUAUAGAAUUUCAAGCAAAUUCCCUGUAGUCCCAAGUGACAUUUGCAGAAUUCCACUUCAGGAGGAAAAAUAACCAACUCUACCCUCGCCUAAGUGGCCCAGACAGAAGUUGAUAAGAGGGCUGCAUUUUGGGUUUAUUUUCAAGUUUCUGAUGGCAAUCCCGCCUCCUACCCCCUUAAAAAAAUAUAUAUAGAAAUCAUCAAGUCCAUGAAGUUCAGUCAAAUCUUGACUUGUGUUUUUCAUGCAGUUUAUUAAGUCAGGAUCAACGUAAUACUGCAUUUGUCUCUCUGGGUUUUACAGUCUGUUAUGUUUAGUGAUACUUUUUAUUUGGUUGCAUUUUUUUCCUUAUUCAAUUCUGUACAUGCUUAAUGGUUGAUGGUGAAAUAAGAAGUGUUUGAGAGGCAAUGUGUUUCCCUGUGAGGUGUGCAAACGUGUUGAGGAAAAGUGCUACCACUUAAUUAGUUUUGCAUGUUUUGAAAACAGAAUUCCCUCCCAGGUGCACACCUCUUCGUCAUACGAUUUAUAGUCAUCUCUGGCUGUAAGAAGUUGUUAAAAAUUCAGUUGUUUCUUAAUUUUUUUCUAUUGAGUUUAACAACUGUUAAAAUAAGCAAACUAUUUAAAGGCAUUUUCAAAUCUCAUUUUAGUUAUUUAUUUCUGUAAAACCAGCGCCCAAAGUUGUAGGGGGCUGGAUGGGGACAGGCAUUUUUACAGGUGCCCUGGAAACAGCAGGGAGCAUGGAGGGAAUGUCCUUUCUCUUUCCUAUGUUCAGAACGAGGGUCUGGUACAAACACUACCCCUCCACAGAUGGUAGGAGGUACGCGCCAUGUUGAAGGAUGCCAUGGUCAUGUUCCCUGAGUGCCCCGGGACACUAUCAUUCUGCUGAAAUCCAUUUGGAUGGUAGUAUUGUCUUCAUCAUAUUUGGAAAAAAGAUAAUUCCUCUCAGGGUCCCCCUCCUGGCUGCUUUUGCAAAAUAAGGCUGUGCCCUGAAGGUAUCACUGAUCCCUUAAUUACUUCAGGCAUCUUACUCAGACAAGACACCUUGUUAAAGGUGAAGGGCUUGAGACCAACGUAAACUCCCUUCAGGGCUAUGUGCCAUAGAUUUUUGAACAGAAAUCUCUCUGCGUUAAAGUGUUGGAUGUCCUUGCUGUUUCAAUGUUAAGUGUCUUAAGCUGUAAAAUGUGCUGCAAAAGAAUAGUUCUUUCAAUGACUAAAUACUUACCUAAAGUCUAGCAAGCUUUUAGUGGGACUGCAUUUGAGUCUUAAAUGAGGACUGACCUUUAAAGCUAAAUAAAAUGGAGAUAUUUGACACUUCUCUGUAGAGGCUGGGAAGGGGAGCUCCUUCAGGAGUGGUGGCAGAGUUCAGUUUUCUGAAUUCCAGUUCAGCCAGUGUUGUUGGGAGUUCAUCACUUAGAGUGGAAUUUGUUCCUCAUAAAAGUAGAUAUAUUGUCCUGCAUAUAGUGCCAUGAUGCCUAUUGUAGUCCCAUCAUUUAAUAGACUGGAAAAAAAGAAAAAAGAAUCAUAACAACAAGCUCAGGGAACUCUUGACAAUUGUGCUUAUAGUACUUUUAACCCAUUGUCUCAUGGACUUUUUGUAGUGAGGGUAGUUAGUCACUGGAGAAAAACUUCCAAAAUGAAGGUGGAUUUUUUUCCUCACUGGAACUGUGAGAAGAAGGAUCAGCCCUUUUAAAUCAAAGGGUAUUUUUGCUGAUGACAUCAGUGGCUCUUGCUUUCUGCUACCUGUCUCAAGAUUGGUGAGACUUCAAUUCAUUGUUCUUUUUUUUUUUUUUUUUUUAAGCCCAUCUUCUCUCUGAGUCCUUUUGAGAGAAAUAAAGAGAAAUUUUGUGGUCUGUGUUCAGCAGCAGAUCCUAGAUGACCUUAGCAGUCAUGUCUGGCCUUUAAAUUUGAGACAGUCCUGAAGGGAUGAUUUUGACUGUUUCAGAUGUACACCGAGUGAGUAAGAAAGUAAUAUUUCCAACUGAACUUAGUUUUUAUGACACUCUGUGUUUACUUUAGAGGUAAAAAUUAUUGUCUGGUCUUGCACUAGUAAGAUAUUUGGAAGGCCUUGAGAGCACUGUAACAACAAACAGAGCAUUCACAAUUCCCCUGAUGGGCCAAUUUUACUAAUAGCACACAUUUGGUGAGAAUAACCUCUGAUGCACCAGCAAGAUUCCAGAUGACAACAUUAAGUGCACCUGCAGGCUUUAAUUGGUGCAAAAAAGGGGAGAAUAUGAGGUACCAAUUACUCUCUCUCAAAGCCUGAGAAUCAAGGACAUUUUUGGCAAGGAGGCUUGUAAUUCCAACAUAAAAUUGUGCACAGCAUGGAACAAACAGGGCCUGCAUUAUUUAUCAUGCAUUAGACAGUUUCUGACUUGUAAAACUCUGAAAAGGCUGAAUGAGAGAGGUGAAUCUUUAACACUUGACCUACUGCAAAGUUAAUUAUAAGUAAUACGUCUGGGUUGCGGAUUUAAGGAUAUACAAGCACUAGUGAAACAUUGUAAUUAAAUACCAGCUCCCAAUCCAGGGAGUAAUCUAAAUAUGGCAAUAAUUGGGUGGUUAAAAAAUAAACGGUGAUGAGAAGAUGAUUAUUACAUGCUAGAGAAUUUCACUGGUAAUUCUAAUCUUCUAAAAUGAGCCACACAACAUUCUGUUAAUCUUUAACUUAAAUUCCCCAGUAAGAGAAGAGCAGUCAGUUGGUGGGUUGGAGCCAAAUGUAGAUGAUGUUUCUUGCUUUAUUCUAAUAAAAACUUUUAAAAAAAAGCUGUGAAUGACAUUGCAGAGACUCCUAAGAACUUAAUAGUUUCAGAAUGUCAUUCAGAGAUAUUGAGAGUACCUGGCCAUCUUGUCAAGGGAAAAAGACUCACCCUGUUAAGUCCUUUUUGUUAACAUUUGUCUUAAAUGUAACGAAUGCCAAGAUUUUCUGUCUGUGGGAAUGGGGUGAGACUUUUCGACAAGAACUCCAGUUCCUCACAAAGAAGAAGUUUGUAUGACACUUCAAAAUGGAGGGAGCAGCAGGACCGCCAGCAUUUGUAUUUUUGGAUAAACAGAAACGAACUUUGUAUGCUGCGCCCAUCUCUUGUUUCCUGCUUGCUUGCUGUGGUGCUAAACAGCCGGGCUGCAGCCCAGGCUGGGGGCUUGCCAGCAUACCUGGUGGGUGCGAGCAGUUCAGCAGCCUGUGGUUGGCUUUGGUAAAAGGUUACUAAAAGUCUUUUUACCAGAUCUUUGGGCCAUGUUUCACCCUUAGGAGUGUAGGACCUGGCUUUUACUGGGUGAUGUAAAGGCCCAUUACUGAAAGGAAAGUUUAGGAAAACAAAAUGGGGAGGGUGGCAAGUAUCCCACAUUUAAUGCAAGGGCUGAAGUACUGUGUGCUUGGUUUACCAUAGACUCGGAAUCCUCCUUCCUGUAGCCUGCUGUACCGUGUGUUCCCCUCUGCGCUCUGGUUGCGAGGGCCCCGCAGAACCAGUGGGGAUAAAAUCAUUCCUGAUGUUUCUUUUCAGCAAUGGUGAUGUUAUCAGUGGUUAAGCUGGGGGGGGCACGACACGGACACGGGACAGAUAGGUCCUCCAUCGCUUCGUCCCUUCUGACAUUUCUAUGAAAGAACCACAUGUACCAAAUGCUCUUGUGGACUUAGUGCUUGAUUUCCUCAAAGGGUGUGUUCAGCUUGCUAGCGAGAUGGGAAUGUCGCCACUUUCAGGUUGUAGAAACAAGAAGGCUUUGGGCUGGCUGAAUGAGCACCAGGCAGGCUUCUGCCUUCAGCCCCUGCUGAGUAAGCAGCCUUUGCAGCUCUGGAAAAAUUGAAGCAUAGCACCUGAAUCUUCAAAACGGACACAAAAUGGAACUGCAUGUAAAGGGUACUUACACACUGGUGGUGGCCAUCCUUCCUGCAUCACAGAGGUGGUAAGACAUCAGACACGUAGUGUAGGCAAACCGUUCAGCCUGAGCAACUUCAGGGCCCAGUUUUAACAACAGCGUUAUGCAUUGUGAAACCUAUCAAUCAUCAGCGCCGCAGCUGACUUAAAUGCAGUGACAGUCACCUUUGCUUUUUCAUUCAGAGCCCAAAACUGCCCAACAGCUGGGGUUCCUGAGGUGUCACAGGUACCUCCGUCUUGCAACUCUGAAGCACCUCGGGUGUGAGGUCAAGUAUCAAGCUGCUUAGGUCUUUCAGGAAUAAAAGUAGGGCUUAAAGCCUCUGUCUAUCUGUAGGUACUGGUGCCGAGAGUUGCAUUCCUGUGAACUUGGGUGUCUUUCAGUGCUGUGCGGAGCUGCUCUGAGCAGCUAACUGUUGAAAUUAGCUUUGUGUAAAGGUUAUGUACCUGUUUAUUAGCUUUGUGUGCCUCUUCAUUGUGUACAGAGUAAUCAGGUCUAUCUCUACCUCAUGCAAACAUGGGGGGAGGUCUAAGAUGUUUUUAAUCUGUACAACCUCACACCUAGUUCCAGGUUUUAUUUCUAACCAUCAUGUCUGAUUAUUCUGUAGGAUUGGCCUAUAUUUAAAAACACUGCAUGUAGCAGUAAUCUUACUAAUAACAGCAGACUGUCUCCAAAAUUAUGGAGAUAUGUAA